ACUUAAUUUACAGAACGACAGAAAUAUUUGUGCCAUCACCUUCUGAGCUCCAGAAAAAUCGAAGAAACGAGUCUGCAUCAUAUCGAAGAAACAGCCCAACCAUGGAGCUCUCACCGCUGCUCCUCCUCCUCCCCUUCCUCCUCGUCGGCUUCUUCUACCUCGCCGCCGGCGGGAACACGCGCCGGCGGCGACGCGCUCCAGCUCCUCGGGGACUGCCCAUCAUCGGGAACCUGCACCAGGUUGGCGCGCUCCCUCACCGUGCCCUGCGCGCGCUCGCCGCAGCCAACGGCGCGCCUCACCUGCUGCGGCUCCGCCUCGGCCAGGUCCCCGCGCUUGUGGCGUCCUCCCCGGCCGCCGCCGCCGCGAUCAUGCGCGAGCACGACCACGUGUUCGCGAGCCGGCCCGGCUUCAGCACGGCGGAGAUCCUCACGUACGGGUUCAAGGACCUCGUCUUCGCGCCCUACGGCGAGCACUGGCGGCACGUCCGCCGCCUCAGCUCCGAGCACGUCCUCAGCGCCGCCCGCUCCCACCGCUACGGCCCCAUGAGGGAGCAGGAGGUGGCGCUCCUGGUGAAGGCCAUCAGGAGCGAGGCCGCCGCUGCUGACGGCGCGGUGGUGGACGUGAGCAAGGCGCUGUACGCGUUUACCAACGCCGUGAUCUGCGGCGCGGUGUCUGGGAGGUUCUCCCGGGAGGACGAAGGGAGGAGCGAGCUGUUCCGGGAUCUCAUCGAGGAGAACGCGACGCUGCUGGGCGGGUUCUGCUUCGGCGACUACUUCCCGGCGCUGGCGUGGGCCGACGCGUUGCUCUCCGGCUUCGCCGCGAGGGCGCGCAGGAACUUGAGGAGGUGGGACGACCUGCUCGAGAAGGUGAUCGCGGAGCACGAGGGGAAGCGGCGGGGGAGAGACGACGGCAGCGGCAAGGACGACGUGGAGGAGGACUUCGUCGACGUGUUGCUGGCGCUGCAGGAGGAGCAGCAACACGGCCAGGGGCAGGCGGAGGGGUUCCAUCUCACCAGAGACAUCAUCAAGUCGCUCUUGCAGGACAUGUUCGCGGCGGGGACGGACACGUCGUUCAUCACGCUGGAGUGGGCCAUGUCGGAGCUGGUGAAGAACCCGGCGGCGAUGCGGAAGCUGCAGGACGAGGUGCGCCAGGCAACGCCGGGAGCCGCCGACAAGCCUGCCCGCGGUGCGACCACCAGCACCGCCACGCCCUACCUGAAGGCCGUGGUAAAGGAAACGCUCCGGCUCCACCCACCGGUGCCGCUGCUCGUCCCGCGCGAGUGCGCGCGGGACGAGGACGCCACCGUGCUGGGGUACCACGUCGACAGGGGCACCCGCGUGUUCGUCAACGCGUGGGCCAUCCACCGCCGGCCCGACGCCUGGAGCGAGCCCGAAGACUUCCGCCCUGAGAGGUUCUUGCCGGGGAGCGGCGAGGCGGAGGCGGUGGACCUGAGGGGCGGCCACUUCCAGCUCGUCCCGUUCGGCGCCGGGCGGCGCGUCUGCCCCGGGAUGCAGUUCGCCCUCGCCACCGUAGAGCUCGCGCUGGCCAGCAUGGUCCGCCUCUUCGACUGGGAGAUUCCACCGCCUGGAGAGCUUGACAUGUCCGACGAGCCGGGAUUCACCGUGCGGCGGCGGAUCCCUCUCCGGCUAGUCGCCAAGCCGGUCGGAUAAGACAAGAAGUAGCCGAACAAGCCGGGGAAACAUUUUUUAAGGCUCAGUAAAUGUCAUCCCUUUCUUACAUUAAUAAAUAUUAAUAAAUAUAAAAAAAUAGAUUAACACGAGCCAUAUCACUCAUAUGCAGGUUUAAAGUUUUAAAAGUUGAUUUGAAUGAGUUUUAACAAAACAACAAAUAUAGCUAUAAAGGUGAGUAUACUAGUUUAAAUGUAUUUUGUUCUUUUAUAAAUUAUACAAGUUAAAUUUGAAUUAUGUGAAGUGAUAUAUAUUAUAUUAAUCUAUAUUGUUAAUCUGUUUAUAUUUAUGAUAUGCAAUAAACAUGUGUGGAUGUCUACCCACGAGCUGUCUGUUCAUCUAGUAAUAAAUAAAGGUUCAAUCAGA